AUGUCAUUGUGCUGUCAUCGACUUGCCCUACAGCUGGUGUUUACACUUGUUGUUGUUGUUUGGCUCCCUAACUUGUUAGCAUCGUCUGCAUCGGAAUUACAGUGUCCAUCCUGUGAGAAAAUCCACUGCAGCCCGCGGAGAGCUUCCAAGCUAGAGUGUCGUGGUGGUAUCACGACUGGAAUUUGUAACUGUUGCCCAGUCUGUGCCAAACUGGAGCACGAACGAUGUGGAGGAGAUUGGAAUUACCUGGGUAAAUGUGACCGGGGUUUGGUGUGUGAGCCAGAGAAUCGAGCUCCCAUCCAGCUAGCGGAGGACUUGUACACCGGAGCCCACAGACCCACUGGCAUAUGUCAGAAAGGUCCGACCCAGGUCGGGGAUGAGGGCCUCCCGUCAUAUUGUUAUCCCAAAUGUACUCCAAAGUUUUGCAAGAAAAAACCUAAAGCCAUUUGCUCGGCAAAGAAUGUAGCGGAGCGUCACCAAAGCUGUCAUGGCCAGUGCCAGCACACCUCGUGCAGGGCCUGUCGGUUUUUGCAGGACGAACCCGACUGCGGCCGAUGUGCCAAGGACGACCUCCACUGUCUGAAGAGAUUCGGCAAGUGUAUGCGGAGAGCAGUCUGUAAUAGGAAUAUAUUCCCAUGUCGGAAAUCCAGGAACAACGGGCCUGGUAAAUUCGUUUGUGUGGUGCCCGGAUGUGACUCAUUCAGCUGA